AUGACGAGAACCGGCCCUGCCAAUGGUACAUCCUCGUGGGAGACUGCCAGUGUCGCUCCCGAUGAUGGCAGUCGAAUUGACUCGGUCGUCAGCCACGACGCUGCUCGGCCUCGAGGUCGUAUUCGUCGGUCAAUGACUGCGUGCAAUACCUGCCGCAAGCUCAAGACUCGGUGCGAUCUGGAUCCUCGUGGCCAUGCCUGUCGCCGCUGUUUGUCGCUCAGGCUUGAUUGCGAGCUGCCAGAGACUCCGGAGCGGUUCCAGGAUAGCGCGUCCAUAUGGUCUGACGCAAACGCAGCCAUUCCCUCCAUCGAAGAGCGGCUUGUCUCCCUCGAACGGGGCAUGGGGGAAAUGAUCAACCUCAUGCGACAGAUAGUGAACCAAUCUCCCAAUUUGUCCAGCAGCCCGACCUCGCAACUCCUACGCAACAACAGUAUAGACGAUACAUCGUCGUGCGAUAGCGGGCUCACUUCGCUAUUCACACUGAAACCCGCACAGUUGAUCCAAGAUCUGCAGGCCGAAUGCUUCGGGGAGAGAAAUCAUUUCUCCACCGAUGCCGAUCUCCUGGGUGACCUAGUGACUCAAGGUGUCGUAGACUAUAAAUUCUCUUUGAAAUUGAUUGAACUCUUUGAGGAAUAUUUUGGUCCCUGGGUCUCAAUAAACCAUGCGUCUAGUCUUCAGCCGACCAACACUCUUCUAUUCAAUACCGCGUGCCUCUUGGCAUCUCGAUAUCUGCCCGGCAUACCUCCGCAGACAGUCCGUGAUAUAUCUCUCCGGGUCCAGCACGCCGUCGCCAAGACGUUGUGGAAGCCGCCGCCUUUAACAACCGAUAUGCUUCAGGCACUGACACUUUUAUGUCUCUAUUCUACCUCAGUCCACAAAGAAGGGCCCAUGGAUGGCUGGUUACUGAGCGGGAUCUCAGUCAACCAUGCUCUCCUCUCUUUUGGGUUUCUAAACAUCGCACCCACUGAGCUUGUCAUGACCGAGAAGGUGGUUGCCCAGCUACGAUUGUGGAAUACUCUAUGCUUGACUCAUUUGCAUUCCGCGCUUGGGAAUGGCCGCGCCAUCAAUAUCCAACCGCAAUACCUUGACCACUGCCCUCGCAUCUUGGACCAUGCGGGCGCCACACAAGAAGACGGGAAAAUAGUCGCAGAGAUCCAACUGCACCGGAUUAUGUCAAAACUCCAGAACAGUCAACAGCGACUACAAUUCGGCGAAGCCGAGUACGAAGAGAUCGAGCGAUGGAAAAUGGAAUGGGCCCAUCUUCUUACCAACGACGAGCAACCCACAUUAGAGCUCAGCCUCUGGUUCUGCCAGCUCCUCCUGCAGCGCACAGCCACGCGUCUCCAACCAGACUCAGACCGACUGGAACCAGAGAUCUGCAGCAACGCACGCCUGAUCAUCACCAAGUUCCUGCAGACGAGGUUCUCAGCUGCACCGGGGCUGAUCGAUCAUGUCUAUUUUAUGGUUUGCUACGCUGCCCUCACGCUCUGCGACUACAACCUCUCCGACCCCCUCAUCGACCAAGUGCGCGCCUUCCUGCUCCAACUCGCCCCAGGCGGCGACCAUCUUGCUUACCGGAUUGCGUGCAUUGUCACCGAGGUCCAGCGCCGGUACUCCGAGGCGACAGCCGUGCAUGCCUCAUCGCCAACCACGGAAGUGCCAAAGAACAGUCUCUUUGCAACAUCGCACCAGAACCAGCACCAGCACCAUAAUCCUCGGGCAACCAGUCUCGAUAUGGCCCAGCUUAUGCCCACUGCGGGGGUUAUGGAUACCCUCAUCGAUGGGUACGGAUGUCUCGAUCAGCUUCUGCCGGGCUAUGUAUCUCCCCAGCCUGCUUUCGAGGCGCCUUCUUUGUUUCAGCAGCACCCUGUGCCGGUCACAGGCGGCGCAAUGCCUAUCGGCCUGGUACCGCGUGCUCUACAUGAUUGGUAA